CCAUAGCUGAACUCGAAACAUUUUGCAAAGCAAGAAGAAUUUGAUCGAGCACCAUCACCCAAAUGGCGACGCUGGACGCUCUUUUCGGAAACUGCUCAGAGAAGCUCGCUGCUUUAAUCCAGGAUGAGGUGGCGAUGAUUCUCGGAGUGAAGGAAGAGCUCCGGAAGCUGCAGAGGAGGAUGAAGCGGAUCGACGGCGCACUGAAGAAAGUAGAGCGGGAGAGGACCGAAGAUGCCGCUUGGUUGAAUGAGCUGCAAAGUAUCUUGCAUGAAGCGAACGAUGUCUUUGACGAACUCAGGUAUGAGCUGCCGUCCGCAUCUUCAUCAGUUCUGUCGAUUCUCUGCUGCCUUCCUAUAUUCUCUUUCUUCAACUCCAUUCGAGUUCGUCACAACUUAGCCGAGAGAAUUAGAGACCUCAACAAUAGAAUCGAUGCGGUUGCGAAGGACCAGUGGAUCUUUAAUCUUGAGUCGGUAAAUGCGACGGUGGGUCGAGUGGCGAGCAUGUCGUCCACGCGCGAGACUUGUGAGAUCAUGGAAGCCGACGUCGUUGGGAGAGAGAUCGAAGAUGCUACCGACGUAUUGGUCGAGAUGAUAGUCGCGAACAACCGACGGAAUUUUCAAGUGAUUGCUGUAGCAGGCAUGGGAGGGAUCGGCAAGACCACGCUAGCUCAGAAGGUGGACAACAAUCCUAGAAUCCGUGAGAACUUCCAGGUGAGAAUUUGGAUUUGCGUCUCCCAAAAAUAUUCAGCUGUUCAACUGCUACAGGAGAUCACUCGAAAAGCAGGAGGCAGCCACGGAAGUGCCGAACGGGUUUUGGAACUGCUCCCUAUUCUCAGCCGGACACUUGGAGGGAGGAGAAUCUUUCUUGUGCUGGACGACGUAUGGCGAUCGAACGUAUGGACCGAUUUACUCCGAAACCCGCUACAAAAUGGAGCAGCUAGAGGAUGUGUUCUGGUGACCACGAGAGACCAGAACGUUGCGAUGAGAAUGGGUGCGAAACACAUUCACCGGGUGGAGAAAAUGUCUGUUGCCUCAGGCUGGGAGUUGCUUUGCAAGAAAACCUAUCUAGAAGAAGAAGGAGAAGAUGCGCAAAGUUUGAGAAGUGUGGGGGUUCAAAUUGUUAACAAAUGCGGCGGUCUUCCCCUUGCUAUCAAAGUGAUUGCCGGUGUCUUAACCACCAAGGAGAAAAGCAGAAAAGAGUGGGAGAAAGUUCUCAAAAGCAAUGCUUGGUCUAUGAGUGAGCUUCCUAAGGAAUUCACAGGAUGUGGGUGGCAGAGGGGUUUGUCAAGCAAGAAGAAGGUUUAACAAUGGAAGAGUUGGCCGAGCAAUACUACUUCGAGC